UGUGUCGGGCUAUGUCGGGAUGUAUCGGGCAUCCUUCGCUGUAGAAAUGAUCCCAAUGCUACCUCAGCAUGUCCGGUGCCGGUGAGAAAACGUAUGUUUUCACUUAAAAUUGUUUAUGAUACCCUAGAAGCAAAAUGUAGCUGUUGUUUUCAGGUUUUAGGCUACCAAGUUUAAUCAUGGAGCCAGUACGGAAAGAGACAAAGCAUAAUCCUUCGGCCACAGCUAAUCUUCUGUCCAAGAUUUUUUUCUGCUGGCUUAAUCCACUAUUUAAAAUUGGUUACAAGCGGAGGUUAGAGGAACAUGACAUGUACAAAGUGCUCCCAGAAGAUGGGUCUGAACGACUAGGGGAAGACCUACAGCGGCACUGGGACCAAGAGGUGCAGAGGGCAGCCAAAGAGCUGCGCAAACCUAAGCUAACCAAAGCCCUUAUCAGAUGCUAUUGGAAGUCUUACGCUUGCAUAGGAAUAUACACUCUUGUUGAGGAGAUCAUCAAAGUAGGCCAGCCAGUCCUUCUUGGAAAGCUGAUCCAGUACUUUGAGAGCUAUGACCCUAACAAUAUGGCCGCCCUUCAUGAGGCCUAUGCUUAUGCCGCUGGCAUCUCCAUAUCAACCCUCGGUCUGGCCGCCCUCCACCAUCUCUACUUCUACCACGUUCAGAGAGCAGGAAUGAAGAUCCGGGUGGCCAUGUGUCAUGUGAUUUAUCGGAAGGCCCUCUGUCUGAACAGUACAGCCCUGGGCAAAACAACCACGGGGCAAAUUGUGAACCUCUUAUCCAACGACGUCAACAAGUUUGACGAGGUCACCAUCUUUCUACACUAUUUGUGGGUUGGUCCCCUGCAAGCAGCAGCUGUGAUAGGUUUGCUGUGGUUUGAGAUAGGCCCAUCAUGCCUUGCAGGAAUGGCAUUGCUGGUCAUCCUGAUGCCUGUCCAGACUCUCUUUGGGCGUUUGUUCUCAUCUCUAAGGGCACAAACUGCAUCUUUAACUGACAACCGAAUACGCACAAUGAACGAAGUGGUCUCAGGAAUUCGUAUCAUCAAGAUGUAUGCAUGGGAGAAACCUUUUUCAGCUCUGGUAGAUGAAAUCAGAAGGAAGGAGAUCUCGAAGAUCAUGAGGAGCUCCUACCUGCGAGGCCUCAACAUGGCCUCCUUCUUCGUGGCCAGCAAGAUCAUCGUCUUCAUCACCUUCUGCGUGUACGUGCUGACUGGGAACAGGAUCUCGGCCAGCCGUGUGUUUGUGGCCGUGUCCCUGUACGGCGCCGUCAGACUCACCGUCACGCUGUUCUUCCCCUCGGCCAUCGAGAGGCUGUCUGAGACGCUGGUCAGCGUCCGCAGAAUCAAGAACUUCUUACUGUUGGAGGAAGUGUCGACACUACAUUUGGGCGCCCCUGUGGGAGAGAAGAGGGACUGCAUGGUGGAGAUCCAGAACAUAGUCUGCUACUGGGAAAAGGUGUCAGAUGCCCCGACGCUGCAGAACGUGUCCUUCACAGUGAGGUCGGAGCAGCUCCUGGCUGUCAUCGGACCAGUAGGCGCCGGGAAGUCCUCUCUGCUCAGCACCAUCCUGGGAGAGCUCUCUCUGGACACGGGUGUGGUCAAGGUCAGGGGCGAGCUGACCUAUGCCUGCCAGCAGCCUUGGAUCUUCCCUGGCACCAUCAGGAGCAACAUCCUGUUUGGGAAGGAGCUCCACCCCCAGAAGUACGAGAGAGUCCUCCGAGCCUGCGCCCUCAAGAGGGACAUGGAGCUUCUGCCGGGAGGGGACCUGGCGGUGAUCGGUGACCGGGGGGCCACCCUGAGUGGAGGGCAGAAGGCCCGGGUCAACCUGGCCAGGGCAGUGUACCAGGAUGCGGAUAUCUACCUGCUGGAUGACCCUCUCAGUGCUGUGGAUGCUGAGGUGGGGAAGCACCUGUUUGAGCAGUGCAUCUGCGGCCUGUUGAAGAACAAACCUCGCAUCCUCGUCACUCACCAGCUGCAGUACCUGAAGGCUGCGGACGAGAUCCUCGUCCUAAAGGAGGGCCACAUGGUGGCGAGGGGGACCUACUCUGAGCUGCAGGGCUCCGGCGUGGACUUCACCUCCCUGCUGAAGGAGGACGAGGACGAGGAGCAGGACAGGGCCACCCCCGGGGCCCUCUCCCGCUCCCCUCACACGCUCUCCCAGAGCUCCAUGCUCUCCCACACCUCCUCUGUGCAGUCCAUGAUGGAGGGAGCAGACCACCUCCCCCUGCCGGCGCAGCACAUGACUGAGGAGAGCCGCUCGGAGGGCACCAUCGGCCUGCGUCUCUACCUCAAGUACUUCAGAGCCGGGGCCAACUUCCUGGUGCUGCUUGCUCUCCUUCUCCUCAACCUGCUUGCUCAUAUCAGCUAUAUACUACAGGACUGGUGGCUGGCCUAUUGGGCCUCUGAACAGCAGCACCUCAAUGUGACAGAACCCAUCACCAACAGCAGCGCCCCUCAGCAUCUGGACCUUGACCUGUACUUGGGUGUUUACGCAGGUUUGACCGCGGCCACCAUCCUGUUUGGCUUCCUGCGCAGCCUGGUUUACUUCAACGUCCUGGUGAUGUCGGCGCAGACUCUGCACAACCGCAUGUUCAACGCCAUCCUGCGCACGCCUGUACGCUUCUUCGACGUUCAUCCGAUUGGAAGAAUCCUCAACAGGUUCUCCAAGGACAUCGGCCAGCUGGACUCCCUGCUGCCCUGGACGUUUGUGGACUUUACCCAGGUGUUCCUUCAGAUCCUCGGGGUGAUCGCAGUGGCGGCCACCGCCAUCCCCUGGAUCCUCGUCCCCGUCGCCCCUCUGCUCGUCGCCUUCCUGUUCCUCCGCCGCUACUUCCUGCGGACCUCGCGAGACAUCAAGCGCCUGGAGUCCACCACUCGGAGUCCUGUCUUCUCCCACCUGUCCUCCUCCCUCCAAGGUCUUUGGACCAUCCGUGCCUUCAAAGCCCAACAGAGACUACAGCAAACCUUCGACCAACACCAGGACCUCCACUCUGAGGCGUGGUUCCUGUUCCUGACUACCUCACGGUGGUUUGCUGUGCGUCUGGAUGGGAUCUGCUCCAUCUUUGUGGCCCUCACUGCCUUCGGAUGCCUGUUCCUCAGGGAUGAUAUGGAGGCCGGGGGGGUCGGCCUGGCGCUCUCCUACGCUGUGACCCUCAUCGGGAUGUUCCAGUGGGGGGUCCGACAGAGUGCCGAGGUGGAGAACAUGAUGACGUCAGUGGAGCGAGUGGUGGAGUACUCCGAGCUGGAGAGGGAAGCGACCUGGGAGAGCGAAAAACGCCCUCCAGCUGACUGGCCUAAAAAUGGCGUCAUCAUUUUCGACCAGGUCAACUUCUCCUACAGCCUGGACGGCCCCGUGGUCCUGAAGAACAUGUCAGCCAUCUUCCGAUCCAGAGAGAAGGUUGGCAUCGUGGGGCGUACGGGCGCGGGGAAGAGCUCCCUCAUCUCUGCCCUGUUCCGCCUGGCAGAGCCUGAGGGCCGGAUCUCCAUCGAUGGCGUUUUGACCUCGGAGUUGGGCCUUCACACCCUGCGCCAGAAGAUGUCCAUCAUCCCACAGGACCCAGUUCUCUUCACGGGCACCAUGAGGAAGAAUCUGGACCCUUUCAGCCAGCACACAGACGAAGACCUGUGGAAUGCACUCCAAGAGGUGCAGCUGAGGCCUGCCGUGGAGGAGCUGCCCGGCCGGCUGGAGACGGUGCUUGCCGAGUCCGGAUCAAACUUCAGCGUGGGUCAGAGGCAGCUGGUGUGCCUGGCCAGGGCCAUCCUCAGGAGGAACCGCAUCCUCGUCAUCGACGAGGCCACCGCCAACGUGGACCCCAGAACCGACGGCUUGAUCCAGCAGACCAUCAGGGAGAAGUUCAGGGAGUGUACAGUUCUCACCAUCGCCCACCGGCUCAACACCAUCAUCGACUGUGAUAGGAUACUGGUUCUGGACGCAGGGAGGAUCCAGGAGUACGAGGAACCGUACGUCCUGCUGCAGAACCAGGACGGGGCUUUCUAUCAGAUGGUCCAGCAGACGGGGCGGGCCGAGGCCGCCUCUCUGUUCCACGCAGCCAAACAGGUUUACAUGAGCAAAGGUCGUCCCAAUGAGGCCAACGGGCUGAGUGCCGUGAGCACCAAGGAGGGAAGCAGUGUCGUCUUUGAGACAGCUCUGUGACAGCCUGGAGACCUACCUGACCCUGCUCUGUGACAGCCUGGAGACCUACCUGACCCUGCACUGUGACAGCCUGGAGACCUACCUGACCCUGCUCUGUGACAGCCUGGAGACCUAC